GCCGAGCCAUCCGCUUCCGGGUCAGGCUGCGCUGCCUGCUCUUCGUGACUACUGUAGGUGCCGCGCUGUCGGCGUUCGCUGCUCCAGGAGAAGCCCGAGCCGCGAUACCGCCGGGCUUAGCGCUGCGCUGCUCCGAACCGCGCCGAAAGAGGAGAGCCGGAGCGGGGUCGCGCCUCGGGCCUCCGCUGCGGUCCCUGGCAGGCGGGAGCGGGCGCUGCGGGGCCUGCGGCGGAGCGCGAUACCCCUCCCCGGCCGCCCUGUCCACCUUGCCGGGGAAGGCGGAAGAUGCCAGUGAAGAAGAAGAGAAAAGCUCCCGGAGUGGCAGCGGCGGUCGCGGAAGACGCGGGCCUCAAAAAGUGUAAAAUCUCCAGCUAUUGCAGAUCCCAGCCUCCAGCUAGACUCAUCAGUGGAGAGGAAGAUUUUUCAAGAAAGAAGUGCCUGGCUUGGUUUUAUGAGUAUGCAGGUCCUGAUGAAGUUGUAGGACCAGAAGGAAUGGAAAAAUUUUGUGAAGACAUUGGCGUUGAACCGGAAAAUAUUAUUAUGUUAGUUUUAGCAUGGAAAUUGGAGGCUGAAAGCAUGGGAUUUUUUACCAAGGAAGAAUGGUUAAAGGGAAUGACCUCAUUACAGUGUGACUGCACAGAAAAGUUGCAGAGCAGGUUUGAUUUUCUGCGCUCACAGCUGAAUGACAUCUCAUCUUUUAAGAAUAUCUACAGAUAUGCCUUUGAUUUUGCAAGGGAUAAAGAUCAGAGAAGCCUUGAUAUUGAUACUGCUAAGUCUAUGUUAGCUCUGCUGCUUGGGAGAACGUGGCCGCUCUUUUCAGUAUUUUACCAGUACCUGGAGCAAUCAAAGUAUCGUGUUAUGAACAAAGAUCAGUGGUACAAUGUAUUAGAAUUCAGCAGAACAGUUCAUGCCGAUCUUAGUAACUACGAUGAAGACGGUGCUUGUUUCAGAGGUUGGAACCAAGUAGUGGCUUGUGUUGAACUUGCUCUCCAGUUUGGCAGUCCACACAGUGUUACAACAUUGCCAUUUACUGCUUUGCCUGCCCGGCUGUUUUUGUAUGGUCUGCUAAAAGCAAGAGAGAAAAGAACACAGAGGGCCUGUUCUUCUUGAUGAAUUUGUUGAGUGGCAAAAAAUCCGACAAACAUCAUAGCAAGAACUGUCGUGAAGACAAUGCAAACCUUGUGAAGAAACUGCAGAGAG